UGGGCCAAGAAACAUCUGGGACGCAGACUGAUGGGGGACACCCUCGGGAAGGCCGAGGCUCUGAUCGUCGCGGCCUUCGCCGACCCCCCUGUCAACGCUGAGGUGGUACGCCCGGCCCAGCCCUUGCCGGUCCAGACCGCCGCCCGGGUAUCGGUGGGCACCCAUACUGACCCUACGGGCCCAGACGGAGCCCCUGGGGUGGUACGGGUUAGCAGCCCUCCGGCUCGGGUCGUCGCCCGGGUUUCGGUGGCUACCAGCACCGACGCCGUGGCUCCAGAUUGGUCUCCUGAGGUGGAUCGGGAAGCAAUCCCUCCAGCACGGGUUGCCCCGAUCUUCCUUCCUCGUCGACCGGAACCGCCCAAGGAGCAGAGGGUGGCACAGCGCCGGGACACGGACAGCGGGCCUGCCCAGGACACCCUCGGCGAGGCUCCGCCCACCCAGCUUAUUCCUGCAUGUCGCAGGAGGCUUCCUCUGGGAUCACCUGCAAGACAAGACACACAGGAGACCCCCACUCAGACCGAGGACGACGAUGACUCACCACGGGGGCCCACGGCCUCCUCGCCUCUCCUGAUCGACCUUCGGGAUGAGGAACAGGAGCGGGGGCUUUCUUCGGUGAUGUCCCCUCGUUACUCUUCCGCGACCCCCGACUGGUCCCCUCUCCAGCCUGAGACGGCAGAGGAGACGGCACCACAGGGUGAAUUUUCACCACGGGGGCCCACACUUUCCGGGGCUCCUAUGGUGGACUAUGAGGACUCACCCUUGCAGCGGACGCCUCCUCAGGAGACGCCCCCUCAGGAGAUGCUUCCUCAGGAGAGACCCGUGGACCGCCUGACCCCCUUCGUGCUGCUUCCGGUGUGCCGGGUGCGGAGGAUGACACCCGGAGAAUCGGCGCAACUCGCCAUCCUGUAA